AUGUCGACCAUCAGCGAAUGGAUCCCCGAGGGCCUUCUCCCGCGAUGGCUGCUUCUCGUCGCUGCCACGGCGUACGCUUACGGCGCCAGCAACUUCCUCAAGCAUACGGCUGGCUUCAAGGUCUACUCCAACGCAGGAGCACUAGUCACGCCGCUAUCGGGCCGCCUCUUUGGUAUCUGGAACAUCACCGCCGCCAUCAUCCGAACCUAUGCAGCUUACAACAUCCAUGACAAGGUUGCCUACGAGCUCUGCAUGUGGUCCUUCGUCAUCGCCCUCGUCCACUUUGUCUCCGAGACGUUCGUCUACAAGACCGCCAAGCUCAGUCCCGGAAUCAUCAGCCCGCUGAUUGUCGCUUCUUCGAGUCUCACCACCAUGUACCUCAACUACGGGCACUACGUUCGCUGA